GACGACGAGGCCAAUACGUCCCAGACUCCCGACAAGUAUAUAAACGGGCUUCCUAGGCCUUCAUUUAAUAUACAUAGUUCUUCUUACAGCCAUUGGCAUUUUAGUAAAAUAAUUAAUGAUUAAUUGUCCUCCAAAUUUGCUCCUAUCUUAGGCAGUCUUAUUAAACCCGUCACUCGACAUGUCGUCACUUAAGCCAAUUAUCCUCUGGGGACAUAACUCGGGUCCCAACCCCUUAAAAAUCCAUAUCAUCCUCGAGGAGCUUAACAUUCCCUUUGAGCAUAAGAUAGUUGAAUGGGAAAACAUGAAAAAAGAGCCUUUCAUCAAUAUCAAUCCGAACGGAAGAGUGCCAGCAAUUGAAGACCCGAAUACCGGGAUAACGCUAUGGGAGUCGGGUGCUAUUAUUGAAUACAUCAUCGACAACUACGAUAAAGACCACAAGCUAAGCUACGGUACUUCUCCCGAGAAGUACUUGAUCCAGCAAUGGAUCGCCUUCCAGAUUUCAGGACAGGGGCCCUACUACGGUCAAGCCGUAUGGUUCUACCGGAUUCAUCAUGAGAAGCUCCAGUCCGCAAUUGAUCGGUACGUCAAAGAGAUUGAGCGCGUAAGGAGUGUUCUCGACACGCAUCUCUCUAAGUCACCAUCUGGGUGGCUUGUCGGUGAUAAAAUGACAGUUGCGGAUCUCAGUUGGAUCAUGUGGGAGCAAAUUGCAACUUUCCUUAUUAGCUUCAUGGACAUCAAUCUGGAAGGAAAGUACCCGCACUAUGAUAUCUGGUAUAAGAAGUUGCUCGAGAGGCCCACCGUACAGAAGGUCUUGGCUAUAAGGACAGAGGGCCUUAUCCAGAGUGGUCUUGUGAAGGCGGAAGAUCUUGCUAAGCGGGCCUAAAGUACAUAGAGCACCCAUGUACCUCUUAGGAUGACUCUGAUGGUGUUUGUAGAGGUUUGGAAUAUCUAUGCAGCUUUGAAUAAACUGAAGGAUAUUGCAUUUACUAUGUGGCGAGAUAAUGGGCUUGAUCCCAGUCAACUAUGUUGUGGUUAUUAAACGCGUCUGAGACUUAAGUUUCGAAACUCUGCAAUGAGAGCCUAUAUAGUACGUGUAUAAGCCAACCGAUUAAUUCGAAUACUCGGCAUACUGCGUCGCUUUGGCUCACGAGUGAAGCUUUCGUGGACUACUAGUCUGGGGACUUGAUAAUUCUAGCCCGUUCCUAACUCAAUUGAGGGCAGAAUCAAAGAUAGUGACGCUUGAUAGGAC